GGCAACACUGGUGGGAAAGUGCGUGGAUAAAGGCAAGCUGGGCUAGCCGCGGUGAUGUUGUGGCAAAAAACCCAAUUUUAUCGAUAAAUUUCUGUUGCCCUGCUUGUAGAUCUUGCUAACAUCGAUGUUAGCAACAAGCUUGUGCGUGUAAAUGCGAUUCACUAGCAUGGACCUGUUGAACUCUCAGUUCCUGGACAAGAUGAACAAUAACAUCGGGAGACUGCACUACGAAGAUGAAUCCAGGACCCCGUCUCUUCCCACUGCCAUGUCCAACAUAACUGGGCCUCCUACACACUGCCCAAGCAAACGGAAGUAUGGGGAAGAACAAAUGGACGAUCGGAUCAACUGCGAUGAUGACCACAUGACAAAAAUGAGCAGAUUGUUUGCCACACAGCUGGCUCGCCCCUCAGCUGGGGACAACCGUAAUGAACACUGGAGCCUCAGUCACACUCCUGUGGAGCACAUUACUUCCUCCUCCAACGGUCUCCAUGGAAACCACCUGUAUGCUUCCAUUUCUGGCUAUGCUGUUGAUCAGCCUCUUGCUCUGACCAAAAGCAGCCAUGAUAUUGGAGGUGGGAGCAGAGAGAGGUCCGUCAUCAGUAGUGGGACUUCAGAGCGCCAGCAGAAUCGUCCCUCUGUUAUCACCUGUGCCCCUGCAAGCAACCGGAAUUGUAACCUAUCACACUGCCACAUGAAUGGCUGCUCUCCCAGCCCCCCUACAGACCAGAAGAAGGGCAAUGCAAACACCAUAAACGAUCCUGUGAUUGAGGAGCACUUCCGCCGCAGCCUUGGAAAAAACUAUAAAGAAGCAGAGCCUGUUUCCAACUCGGUGUCCAUCACAGGUUCAGUGGAUGACCACUUUGCCAAGGCGCUCGGAGAUGCCUGGCUUCAACUCAAGUCUAAAGGUGGGGGUCAUCAAACCCCAGAGGCGGAUCCAUGAGGAGUCAAUGUUACAAUCACUUCCUUAGUAUUUGCAUAUGAGAGUGGAGAUUAUCCACUGCAACUCUUGACAAGCAUCAACUUCCCUUUGCCAUAAACAACAGAAGAAAUACGGUGCUCGCAUUGGCUGCUCCCUCUUGGACCUCGAGGUGCACCUUCUAUUUGAACAAUCAGCUCAGAUUUGUACUCUAAAAUUUGAUGGAGGGUAGUAAAAACUGUUAUGAGUUGGUUUCACAAUGUUACGUGUGGGAUCAGUACAAUCACAGAUUUUAUUUUGUUUUGAUAAUGAAAUCAACCAAGUGGUUGGUUGUUUGGAGCACAUGUUUUUGUUUUACCUUUCUUGAUAUCCAAAGAAAUACGCUCCCUUUCGCAUGCACAUAAAAGCCAUAAUCUGGUCUUCAUUGUUCCCAUGCUAACUCGCACCUCUUUCCUAUUUCUUAAGAAGAGGACGGCUGGGUCUUACUUGUGUGUUUUUUUUUUAAGUUUCUGACAAUUUAGGGUAGCAGGUUACCUGCCUUAAUUAGAACAAAUGAAAGUGUCGAAUGGUCCCCUUGCUUUCUAAAGACACUACACUAAUCUGUCUUUUUGUAUGAUGCUGAACUGGACUCAUUCACUGUUAACCAAAAACGUUGAGUGUCUCGUUUGUGUGCUCACUGUGGGUGAUUACUUAGUAAACUAAUAUCAAUCAUAGUAGAUUUGUCUAACCAGAAAGCAUGUUUCAAAUAGCUGGGUUCUAUUACAAACCUUAUUCUAUACUAUAUAUUUACUCAGAAUUUAUUUUUUAUCCGUAACAUUUUCAAAAUAUUCACUGCUGGUACAGUUGUACUCAAUAUAUUUUUUGUAUCCGGUUUUCAUUACUGUAUGUAGGUGUGCAUCUUGGCAGCCAUCUAUAAAUCGCAGCCUCUGGCAAGGCUGUGAGAAUGCAGUUUAAAAGGCUUUUUGCUUUGUUACUCUGUGGAGCUGGAUGCUACGACUUUUCACAUGUCUGAAAUAACUUAAUUUGACCUUCUGUAGCACAGUCUUGUUAGCAGCGGCUUUAUUUAUACUGAACAAGUUAAUAGUUUGGUUUUUGAAAAAUCAUGGAGAAAACAAUGUUCUUGGAUUGUUAUUUUCCCAGUGAGAUCGACAGAGUUGGUCUACAUUGCUUUAAUAACAGAGCAGACGUCUUCCCCUAAGCUAAGAUUUUAAGCACAUGCUUAAUUGUCCUUAAUUCUCUUUACACAAUCAAUGACUUCCUGACACUUAUCAGUCACCUCAGUCACAUUUUUAAUCAAGUCGAUGCCCUGAUGUGACCUGCAGACAUCCUCCUUUUCACAGAGAAACAGUGUUAGUGUGUCACAGUUUAUUUUGUGCAGAUUAAUUUAGUUUGAAUGAUUCUCACCCUUCUAAAAUGAUCUAGAUACAGUAGUAGUAGUUAACCUGUUUGUCAACACUGAUUAAGUUACAGUAUUGUAAAUUAAUUUCUUUUUGUCACUUAACGGUAUGUGAAAACAUAAACAUUUUAUUAAUCUAUUUUUUUUUGACUAGUUAAAUUCACUAUCUUCUCUGUAUAUUUUAUUCUACUCGUAAGACUAUCAUUGCGCCGCGCGGAAUGAUCUCAAAUAUUAUGUUUCUUGACAGAGAAGUGCUUUGGUAUACAGCGUGGAUGUUCAUUUUCUUCAGCCAUGGUUUUAAUUCAACUUGACUUAUCUUCCUUCAAUUGUCAGCUGAUGAAUAAAGUGCAGGAACACAACAGUCUUUUGAUCUUUUGAGUUUCAGAAAGGCUUCUGUAUUAACACUUUAACGAGUUUGUUUAGCGUUCUGUUUGUAUCAUACUGUAGUGGAAUUUAGGGAUUGUCAUGAAAUCGGCUUGUUUGACACAAGUUGAAUCAAUUUAAUGUUAAGGGUAUUUUUCAGUUUUAUUUAAUUUUUAUAUUAAUACUACCUGUAUCUCAAAGACUGUUAGCGAAAAGGUCAUGUUUAAGGUGUUCACAAAAUUAGAAUAAAAGGAACGUGUUCAAUUUUCUCUUAAUUUCUCUGGAAGAAAAUGCCACUCUUUUGUACUCCGAUUCUUUCAAAUAAACAUACAGAUGCAAACAUUUUAA